AUGUCGCGCGCAUCCAAGCUCACCUUGGCGGGGACGUCGCUGUUCGCCGCCUGCACCAUCGGCUUCGUGCACUUCCAGCAGAAGUGGGAGAAGGAGGCGAUGCACGAGGGAGUCGUCCGCGACAUGGAGCAGCAGCGCGUCAAGCGCGAGCGGCAGCUCGACUUCGACAUGCAGAGGGCCCUCGAGGCAGAGUACAAGCAGCACCAGACGGUGCGUGACUCGACGGCUGAAAUGGAUGCCAAGGACGCGCCGCCGCGAUGA